AGAAAUUUCCACUCCCUUAUCACUAAACUCUCUUCAAAAGCCAUAAAAUCUGCAGUUUCAUCCACGGGGUUUCACUCCAUUAUAGUACCUUUUAACUACCAUUUCCCUCUUUCUUGAAUCCUUUCAUUAUCGAAGCUGUGUAUCGUACCAGCUCAAGAAACACUAAUUAUUCUAACCAAUCAAUGGAAUUACAACACAGUCUAAGGCUGCAGCUUUUGGCCCCACAUUUAGAGGAGAAAUGCCUGAGAAGCUUCCCUUCAGUGUUUGGAAUUAUUCCUCAAAGGAGAAACAAACUGAGAAGUUCUAUUGUAUCUUCAUUGAAUUUGAAUUAUUGUGGCCAGUCAGCACCAAGAUUUUGGACGUCCCAAUUGCUGGUUCAUGGUCUCAGACAAAAGGGAUUAAAAGCUUCGAAGCUAGAAGAGUUGCUAAAAUUUGGUAAUGGAGAGGAAGAUUCAGGAGAUGAAUCUGAAUCUGAUUCUGAAUCUGAUGGAGGUCAUAAGAGGGAUGAUUACUUUCAUAUGGAUGAGGAUGAAAGGCGGGAAUGGCGGAGGAAGAUAAGGGAUGUCAUUAAAAUGUCUCCUGAUGUUGAGGAAGAGGUCGAUCUUGUUGAGAAAAGAAAAAAGAUGCAAAAGCUUUUGGCUGAUUACCCUCUUGUUGUUGAAGAGGAAGACCCUGAUUGGCCAGAAGAUGCGGAUGGGCGGGGUUUUAACUUGGAUCAAUUCUUUAACAAGAUCACUAUCAAGAACGUUAAGAAAGAUAAUGAUGAUGAUGAGAAUUAUGACAGUGACAAUGAAGUGGUAUGGCAAGAUGAUGAUUAUAUUCGUCCAAUUAAGGACUUAACCACUGCAGAAUGGGAGGAGUCUGUGUUUAAGGACAUCAGUCCUCUUAUUAUACUUGUUCAUAAUCGUUACAAAAGGCCAAAGGAAAAUGAAAUGGUUCGGAAUGAAUUGGAGAAGGCUGUCCACAUCAUCUGGAACUGCAGACUACCAUCUCCAAGGUGUGUAGCAAUUGAUGCUGUUGUUGAAGUUGACUUGGUGUCUGCUUUACAAGUCUCUAUUUUUCCCGAGCUCAUCUUUACUAAAGCAGGGAAAAUCAUGCACCGCGAGAAAGGGAACCGAACAGCAGACGAGUUGUCCAAAAUGAUGGCAUUCUUCUAUUAUGGAGCUGCCAAGCCACCUUGUCUCAGUAGCAUCAGCAAUGCUGAAGAGCCAAUCCCUAUAAUCUAAGCAAGUGAUUAUCAGUGUUAGACGAGUCUCCAGGUCUAUUAAAACAACGUUUAAUAGCUAAACCUCGGAAAUUUUGGUUCUAAAAUUGUCACGAGUGUAAUACAAGAUCCUACAUGGGCGGGGAUGAGGUUUGUCUGUACAACUCAGUCACUAAGAUGGGCCACAAUGUUCUUACUGAGCUCUUGCUGGUGUUCUUUUCAUGAUUUUAGUAGGUCCAUUGCUGGUUCCUCGGGUGCAUAUCGUUGGUGCAGUGGCCCUAUUCAGUUUCAAAUUUGCAAAAUAGCUUCAAAGUGAAAAUAGUAGAUACUGAAAGAUGCCAGGCUAUUGUUUGCGCAAGUAUGAUAGCUAUAUGGCAUGCCAUUUAUGUACAUUUCUUCCAACUUUUUUAGUACCCAAGUUGCUAGGAAGCAGAAGGUUUUUCUUCCAAAAUCGUUUUAGACUGGGUUUAUUGUCCCGUUGUAAUAAUGGGGCUUCUUGUCCUUGCUAGACAAGUGACAAGUGACAACUAUUUUUUCAUGGGAUCUUGUUCAUGUA